GUUUAUAAGUUUAUUUUCCAUGAAGUCAACGAUACAUGAUGCUAAUUAAUAAUUGACAUCUUAUGAAAAUUGAUUUGAAACUUAGAUGGCCAUAAAAAAAUUCCAAAUUUAUUUCCUAAUUUUCUUUGCAAGUUAUGGCAUGCUAAUUCCAACAAGGUGCCUUGGUAAUAUAUGCCUACCAAAAGAACACAUUGCAUUAUUUGUAUUUGGAGAUUCAUUAUUUGAUGUUGGAAACAAUAAUUACAUCAAUACCUCUUUUGACAAUCUUGCAAAUUACUCACCAUAUGGGGAAACCUUCUUCAACUAUCCAAAUGGUAGAUUUUCUGAUGGACGUGUGAUUCCUGAUUUCAUAGCUGAGUAUGCUAAGGUACCUUUAAUCCAACCAUAUCUAUUUCCUGGUUCUCAAAAUUAUAUUGAGGGAAUCAAUUUUGCAUCAGCAGGUGCUGGGGCUUUAGCAGAAACUCAUCAAGGGCUGGUGAUUGAUCUAAAGACUCAAUUGACUUAUUUCAAGAAUGUCAAAAAGGAACUGAGGCAAAAACUAGGAGAUGAAGAAACCACAAGUUUGCUAGCCAGAGCUGUUUACUUGAUUAACAUUGGAAGCAAUGAUUAUUCAGUUUAUUUGUCUGAAAAGUACACUCAACAAAAAUAUGUACACAUGGUAGUUGGUAAUCUUACAACUGUGAUUCAAGGAAUACAUGAAAUGGGAGGGAGGAAAUUUGGGGUUCUUAACCAGCCAUCUACAGGUUGUUUUCCAGUCAUCAAGGCAGUUGUAAAUGGAACUAAAGGUUCUUGCUUGGAAGAGUAUUCAACACUUGCCAAAUUGCACAACAAUUUGCUUGUUGUGGAACUUCACAAGUUAAAGAAACAGAUCAAAGGAUUUAAAUAUUCAUAUUUUAAUUUCUUUGAUUUUUCUUUUGAAGUCAUAACCAACCCUUCAAAAUAUGGUUUUAAAGAAGGAGGAGUGGCAUGCUGUGGUAGUGGCCCUUACAAAGGAUAUUUUAGUUGUGGAGGCAAAAGAGGAAUAAAAGAUUAUGACUUGUGUGAGAAUCCUUCUGAAUAUGUGUUCUUUGAUGCUGUUCAUCCUACUGAAAGGGCUAAUAGGAUUAUUUCCCAAUUUAUGUGGAGUGGAAAUCAAAGUAUUGCUGGCCCAUACAAUCUGAAAACACUAUUUGAAGACUAAUUCAAUCAUAUAUGCUUACAUAAAUUUAGUUGUUUGUAUCAGAGGACUAAGUAAAUGUAACUUAUAUAUAUAUAUAUAUUUAUAUUGAUAUUUUUUUUAA